GAAUGCGUUACAUUUCUUCACAUCAUGGGAGACGGUUUACCGUCCGUAAACCUCAGUAAUGACUCUAAACGUGACACAGUGGACCUUAACUCUCCAAGCGCUGGCGUAUCAGAACAGUGGGUCGUGGGCAUGGGGAUCCUUAUGGGUCUGAUAGUGUUUGUUAUUGUGGUGGGGAAUAUACUGGUUAUAGUGGCCAUAGCCCGGAAUCAGAGACUCCAGACGCUCACCAACGUUUUCAUCGUCUCUCUGGCGUGCGCAGACAUGAUCAUGGGGUUGCUGGUGGUGCCAUUUGGCGCGGCUUUGGAGGUCAGAGGAACCUGGAUGUAUGGAUCCUUUUUCUGUGAAUUCUGGAUAUCUGUUGAUGUGCUCUGCGUCACGGCGAGCAUUGAGACCCUCUGCGUAAUUGCAAUAGACAGGUAUAUGGCCAUAAUCUCUCCAUUUCGUUAUCAGAGCCUUUUAACAAAAGCAAGGGCCAAGUUGGUGGUGUGUGGAGUGUGGGCUAUAUCAGCUCUGGUCUCCUUUCCACCUAUCCUAAUGCACUGGUCCCGGGACAGCGAGGAGACAUCCUGCUACGACAAUCCUGAGUGCUGUGACUUCGUCACCAAUCGCGCGUACGCCAUCUCGUCCUCUGUUAUAUCCUUUUAUAUCCCUUUAGUAGUUAUGAUAUUCGUUUACGCCAGGGUGUACAGAGAAGCCAAAAAACAACUGAACAAAAUCAAUAAAUGCGAAGGAAGGUUUCACAACAACCCUGGUGUAACUAACUGCAAACCCAACAGAAAAAGAACAACAAAGAUCCUGGCUUUAAAAGAGCAGAAGGCGCUGAAAACGCUUGGAAUAAUCAUGGGAACAUUUACUCUGUGUUGGCUGCCGUUUUUCAUCGUUAACGUGGUGCGGGUCUUUUGCGCAGAUGUGGUGGAUAAGGAGCUCUUCGUGUUUUUGAACUGGCUGGGGUACGUGAACUCCGCGUUCAACCCGAUCAUUUAUUGCCGGAGUCCGGACUUCAGGAAAGCCUUCAAGAGGCUGUUGUUGUGUUGCCCGAGGCAGGCGGACCGCAGGCUGCAUGUGAGUUCGUGCGACCUGUCGCGCUGCACCGGAGGCUUUGGCAACUCAAUGGAGCAAAGCAUGCUCGGGACAUGGGCGGACUGUAACGGCGCAGACAGCAGCGACUCCAGUCUGGAGAGGAACGGCAAACUGUCCCAUUCCGAGUCACAGCUCUAAAAUACAACCAUCAUUAUAAACAGAGCAGCCAAGAACCUGUUUUAAAUGUGACAUCUUUAAAAAAAAAAAAAAAAAAAACGGAAAGAAAUCUCGCUCUGAAAUGGAGUGGUAAAGCAGUGUUUUUAUGCAUUGGACCAUUCAGACCGAACAUGUUGUUACGCUAAUUAAAAGCUAGAGGCAGCGCAAAGAAUAGAACAGAACGCAGGUGUCUCGAGACGCGUUUUUUCCAGUUGAAAUACUUUUUUUUUUAACAUGAAGCGGGUAGCUAAAACAACGCGAGACACGAAGCAAAGGUCAAAGACGUCCUUCUAGCGCAUGUUUACGUAGAAAAACAAUUGAAGAACUGCUCAAAGACGCGUUCGGUGUGAACAGACCCUUAUUGGAGAUUUUCGUUCAAAAUGUGGAAUUUUACUGCAUUAUUUUACCUCAUAGGCUAGCUAUCUGUAUAAUGUGCAAGUUGUACAAGGGAAUUGUUUAUAUUAAACAAUUUGUUCAAAUGUACAGUAUUUAUUUGAUGCAUUGUACAGCAUAUUUGAAAAAGGGUAACACUUUAUAAUAGGGUUCUAUUCGUUAACAAAACUUUGUCUCAGUAGGCUACUUAAUAUUGUUAAUUUAACAUAUAGACUUACUACUCAUUUUUCUAUUAGGCUAUUAAUAAAAGUUGUUUAUGUUCAAAUUAGUCAAUGCAUUAUAAACUAACAAUUAACAAUUCUAUUUUUAUCAAUUAACCAAGAUUCUGUGAGAAAUUGUGUAAAAAUGUAGGCUAUUGUUCAUUGUUAGUUCAUGAUACCUAAUGCAUUUACUAAUGUUAACUAAUAGAACCUUAUUGUAAAGUGUUACCAAUAUAUCUGUGAUUUAUUGCACCUUAUUUGUGUCAAAUGUGAGCUGCCCUUGUGGAAAUGAUCAUAAAGCAUUUCCAUUUAUUUAACAUUUCUCUUGGUUAUGUUGUUACAUUGAUUUAUCUGUAAAUGAGAUACACAGAUACAAGAUUUGUUAUGAAUAUAUCGUCCCCUACUUCACAUUUUUACUGAAAUAAGUUAUGUACCAGUGCCUCAUGUGAAGUAUUGUACAAGAUGUAUCAUGUUGUUGGCUAGUGUGCAAUAAAAUGGCAUAAAGUGAAAAGGCAUAUUGCUAGAAUUGUUUUAAAAUGUGUUGUAAGGAAUAAAUUUUUUUUUUUUUUUUGCUUUUGCUUUUGCUUAUUUGUUUUCUAUUUCUCUUUUCAGGGCAAAAUGUUCCAGACCUUACACACUAAAAUGACAGAUCAAUUAUACAGUAUGUCCACAGAUUUAGAAGCCCUGAAAUUAUUGAUCUACACAGACUGAGAUUUAUAUCUAAAUAUGUGAAUUACCCUCAUCUGCAGUUGACUGAAACUGCAAUACAGCCCCAUUCAAACUAGCUAAUGUCUACCAAAGGCCCCCAUUAGAGCCUGCCUUAAAUAUUUAUGUGUGCUGACCUCCUUUAGUUUGAUCUGAUUGUUGUGCUUGCAUCAGCUUUGGGUAUUCCACCAUCUCAGACCGCAUUGGACUGUAAAAAUAACAGGAUGCCCUGUCAUUUCACUGCAUGUGUGCAAAGUAGUGUGUUCAGGUGCAGUGUUUGUGUGUCAUUUGGUUCUUAAAGGGAUAGUUCACCUAAAAAUGAAAAUUCUGUCAACCUUUAGUCACCUCAUGUUGUUCCAAACACUCAUGACUUUCUUCAUUCUGUGGAACACAAAAUUAGAUGUUAGCUAGAAUGUUAGAAACUGACAGCCUUAGUCACUAUUAACUAUCAUUGUAUGGAGAAAAAAAAUAUCAGUGUUAAAAUUCUUUAGAAUUUCAUUCAGGUUUUGGAAUGACAUGAGGCUGGGCAAAUAACUAGAAUUUUUAUUUUUGGCUGAACUAACACUUUAAGAUUCACAACAAAUUGUGAACAGCAUUAGGAAAUCCUCCUAAUUAAUUUUCUGCUUCAAUGGAGUGUAAGCAAACGCUUUAGGAAAUUCUAAUUUUCAGACCUGCUAUAUGCCUUCCAUGACAUAAUUGCAUGUAAAUAGCAAUAUAAGCCUGUUUGUUUAAAUGAAGUCCUGCUAAAAUAUCUUUACAGCUCUGGUAUCGUUAGAAUGGACAGUAUGAUGCAAUUAUCUAUUAGAUUAUGUCAAUAUAUUGGUCAGACUGAUCUCCUGAUGUCCUCCCACUGAUUCAACUCCCACAUUUGUUGUCAUUACAGUAUAUACAGUAGCUUCUACAAGAGAAGCUUGUCAUUUUCUUUAUUCUAGGGAAAUCCAUAUACACUCACAGAUCACUUUAAUAGGAACACUAUGGUCCUAAUAAAGUGCCAGACGUGGUCUUCUGCUGUUGUAGCCUUUGGUUUGACGUAGGUCAAGGUUUGACAUGUUGUGCAUUUUGAGAUGCUAUUCUGCUCACUACAGUUGUACAGAGUGGUUAUCCGAGUUACCAUAGCCUUUCUGUCAGCUCAACAGGGGUGUAAAGUAAUU